CUCAUGGUCCAACAUUGGACAUCUGCUAAGCUGUAAGGGACCUUAUUCAUUGGCAUUUCGAAGCAAUAAAGCCAAUAAAUUAUGUACGCGUUUUAGAGGUAACCGUUAGGACAAAAUUUUGAGCUGAUGUAGUGAUGUCCCUUUCCUCACCAGAUUCGCCACACACAGACACGCACUAUUUAUUGCAAAUAUUGUUUCAAAAUUUUUUAUUAUUGAUUUUUUUUUCUUAAUAUAUUGUUAAAAGUCCAGAUGAAUGGACCCACUUUGAAGAACUCUUUUUCCUUCUUCACUAUAAAUACCCACUUCUUGAUAACCAUUUUCCAUCAUCAUCCCGAUUUCUAUCUCAAUCUUCCUUCCCAGUCUUCACCUGAUAUCUAUAUAGCUUUGCCAAAAAAUAUCAAAAUGGCCACUUUUGCUUCAAUUUCUUCGUCUAAUUUCGUUUUUAAGCUCUUCCUAUUGGUCUCUCUGAUAAAUGUAUCUCUUGCUUCUAGAAUGCUUUUGAGUGAAACAUCAACCCAAUCUCCCAAAGACCAAUUCCAGCUAUUAGAAUACCACAAUGGAGCACUUUUAACUGGGAAAACCUCAGUCAACUUGAUUUGGUAUGGCAAAUUCAAGCCUUCCCAAAGAGCCAUCGUUGCUGAUUUCAUUUCCUCACUUUCUUCUUCUUCUUCAAACACCCAAGCUCCACCGUCGGUUGCUUCUUGGUGGAAGACCACUGAGAAAUACUACCGUCUGGCCAAUUCCAAAAAGCCAUCUUCACUUUCCCUCAAUUUGGGCAAACAGAUUCUUGACGAGAAUUAUUCCCUAGGAAAAUCACUCUCCCAGAAACAGAUUGUCCAAUUGGCAUCAAAGGGUGAACAGAGGAAUGCCAUCAAUAUCGUUCUUACCGCCUCCGAUGUUACCUUUGAUGGGUUCUGCAGAAACAAAUGUGGAUUCCACGGAUCUUCAAGAGGUGCUGUAAUAAAGGGAAAAACUUACAAGUUUGCAUAUAUUGUGGUCGGGAAUUCUGAAACUCAAUGCCCUGGAUAUUGUGCUUGGCCAUUCCAUCAGCCACAAUACGGACCCCAAACUCCACCACUGAUUGCCCCGAACAACGACGUGGGUAUGGACGGAGUAGUGAUCAAUCUGGCAAGCCUAAUGGCCGGAACAGCCACCAAUCCAUUCGGAAACGGGUACUAUCAGGGUCCGGCCGAAGCUCCAUUGGAAGCCUCCUCUGCUUGCCCUGGUGUCUAUGCCAAGGGGGCCUAUCCGGGUUAUCCAGGUGACUUGUUGGUUGACCCGACAACUGGUGCAAGCUACAAUGCACACGGUACAAACGGCCGGAAAUUCGUGUUGCCGGCGUUCUAUGAUCCUUCCACCACUUCAUGUUCCACUUUGGUUUAAAAAACGUGUUCUUUUGCCAGAGAAUGGCUAGAAAAAUAUUUUAGUGUAGGGAAUCGGAACAUUAUUGUAGCUCAUUCAUUCAUUCAUUUUUUUUUUAAAAAAAAAUUUCACCCCUAAAAUUCGAUAAUGGCAAAUUCUUUUGUUUGUCAAUUCAUCAUUACUCGCAACUUUUAUGUUUCCUCAGUUUUGAACUUGUGCUGUUAUUUACCCAUAUGGUCCCAGAUAUGUUGCAUUUGCAUAAAACUCUAGCAUGCACUAAAAUGCGCUGUAGUAAUAUUGGGACCCGAAGUGAAUGAUCUUUCAAAAUGAUUGAAACUCGUCCAAAAUUUUCAGGAAAAUUGUUGGCAUUGGAAAUUUGGAAUGACUGACAUUGUGGAAUAAUGAUGAUAUGCCUUGAGAGGAGCGGACAAGCUGAAAACAGCCCAAGUUUUAACAUUAGAUUCCUUAGGAUCGAGUCAAAUUGUGAAGAUGUCCAUUAGUCUAUAUCACUGAUCCCACUUUAUGAUGGAGAUAAUUAAAAGACUGACUUGCAAGCUAUAUGCUGAUCUCGAUGUCUUUUUGCUCUUAAAAACUAAUGCGGUGCAAAUUAAAGGAAUCUAUCAUUUCUUGAGAAAGUGUUGGACUGUAAAAUUCGACCAUAUGUAUUUGUACAGUGAAUUUUAGAAGUAGAAUGGAGCCGUUAGUUUACUUUGCAACUAAAUCUCGUCGUCGAAAAUUAUAGUCUAAUUUUGAUUUUCAUUUUUAGUGUAAUUUAAAGUAAACAAUCAUGGACAUGACAAUUAUUUUUGGACAUAUAGAGUGAGUAUAUGUUGAAAACCACUUUGGAAGAUGUACAAUCUUGGCUCCAUAUCACUGUUUAGUCUGAAAUUUGAAUUAUCCGACCUUUACAAUGUUGCAUAAUAAUAUUUCUAUCAAUGUUUGAUCUAAAAUCUGUAUUAUCCGACCCUUACAAUGUGUUAUAGUAAUAUCAUCAUUAUACUAUGUAUCCAAAAAAAUCUGAAACUACUACGUACGAGAUAUAAUACAUAAGAUAUGAUACAACUCAGAAAUAUGAAAUAGAUAUUAUUCUGUGAUUAGAACAUGAUAUAAUAAAAGUGACGCAUCUCACAAAUGUGUUAAUCAAGUGUUAAUAGUCCCCUGCUUUAAUAAAAAAAAAAAAAAAACGAAAAAAGAUAUGUUUUCUUGAUCCGGUUCCUCCUCAUACCAUAGCUUCCUAUGCCAUGAAUGAAUCCAGGUUCCAACUUAGAAAAGGAUAAAUUUAAAGCUUGAUGGCGCCUUUGGUCCCUAAAAGAUAUGCACCUGUCCACAGCUGCCCAGUUUGAUGCGGACAUCAACGCAAACGGCAAUCGCAUAUUACAGAAGAACGUUUUCAAAACUUUU